AUGGCUCACGCCGAAUUCGAGACCCCCCAAACACUUGAGGAUAUUCUUUAUUUGAAACCAAAAUUCUGGCUUCUGUACAGGGAUAUGAUAUGGACCAAAGAUGCCGCAGCUGGUACCCUUGUGUUCAUCCAGUACAAUCUUGCAGCAGGAACUCUUGCCCCUUUUAUUCUCGACAGACCGGAUCUCGUUCCCCUUAUGAACAACAUUCUCGAAUUCAAGACAUCCGCUCAAUACCUAUUGACUGAAGUUGGCCAUGGACUCGAUGCUCGAAAUCUCGAAACGACGGCGACAUUGUUGGCCAACGGAGAGUUUGACUUGCAUUCACCCACUAAAGAUGCUGCAAAGUACAUGCCGAUGACAACUCCGCAAGAGGGGUUUGAACGAGUGGGAAUCGUAUUUGCACGCUUGCUCGCAGAAGGAGAAGACCGUGGCCCACGCCCGUUUGUUGUAAAGCUGAAUGACGGUCAUAGCAUGUGUUCUGGGAUAACAGCAAAGUUGAUUCCGAAGCGUUCUGGGUCGAAAAUUGCAGGCCAUUCGAUAACAACAUUUGAUCAUGUUCGGCUCCCAUCCCUCGCGCUUCUCGGCACGCUGAGCAAGGCCCCGAACAUGAGAACUUCAUUCAUGGCUAGCAUAGGGCGUGUGGGCAUUGGCACUCUUGCUCUAACAAUUCUAAACAUCCCCGUUCUGAAGAUGGCUGCUUAUAUUGCAGGGACUUACAGCUUUCGACGGACAGUAGGCGGGCCCGAUGGUAGAAGAAGUUCCAUCAUCCAUUUCCGCACACAACACGUCUCGAUUUUGCACGCCCUGGCAGAGAGCGCAAUAUUUGAGGCAUAUGCUGACGAGGCUACAAACAAGUUCGUAGCGGAAAAGAAUCCUGCGGUACAACACGCUCUUGGAACCUGCUUUAAAGCUGCCAUCGGACCUGCGACACAAACACGUUUAUUUCAACUCUCGGAAAGAUGCGGUGCGCAGGGUUUAUUCAAGCACAACCAGAUUAUUGGGUUACAACUAGAAGCCAGAGGAAUAAAUAUUGCAGAGGGGGAUAUUCUAGUUCUUUGUAUUCGACUUGCCUCUGAGCUCCUAAUAGGACGCUACGAGAUGCCAAAGCCACGAGAUCCAAGUUGUUUGUUGGCUCUUUAUGAAGCGGGGCUAUUCAAAGAAGCCCAGGGCCUGCUGAGAGAAACUAAGGGGCAACAUCGAAGCGACGAAUUCAAUCGACUUGUACUACCCCUCUGUCAACCCCUUAUUGAAGCUAUUGGAUGCCGUAUGGCAUAUGAAGCGGCUGUGGCGGCAGACUGUCAUCCGGACCUGAUUGCUCUAUACGAGGCAGGAGUGAUGAUGCGGGACAGAAGUUGGUUUGUUGAGAAUCUUGGAAUGAAACGAGUUGCGAUUCUGCGGAAGGAGGAUCGCUGCAUCAGUGCCCUUGUGCCGCAUUUAAAGCAGCUACUAGAGCAGACUGGUGCUGCACCAUAUGUGACAGCCCCCAUUGUUUCUCAAGAUAAAUGGGAUGGCUUUGUGGAUCAGAUGGAAACGCAUGCUGGGCCCAACACGACAUCACAAGAAGAUAUAUACAAGAAUCCCUUGGCAAUCCGAGCAUCCAAAAUCUAA